AUGAGAAAAAUCGGUUCUACUUUUCGCAAAUCUCUUCUUUGGGUAUCGGCUCUCUGCUCUCUGACUUUGGCGCAGCAAUCAGCGCAAGAGUUUGACUAUUGGAAUGAAGUUUGGGACGAACACGAUACUGAUACCACGCACGACUGGGAUUAUUGGGACCGUUCGUUGCAGGACCACUACAGCAUGUCUUUUACUACCACAACGAGACCAGCGCCACUAGAUACGACAAUCUCGAAUCCGACCACUGCACCAACAACAAUGCCCACUUUCGACACGGUCCAGGCUGUGGUAGACUUGGAAUACACGGUACUUGUAUCUCUACAAGGUGUUUCCGUGUUUGAUGUACCACCGAACGAUGAUUUAGAGCCAUUUUUGAAGACUAUUUCACAACCAACGGAAGCCUUGCUUGAAUUAUACAGUCCCAUGACGAUGAUUCACAUACGUUCCGUGGGUGGUCUUCAAGUCGGCACAGUUGUCGAUAGCCACUUGGACAACAGUGCAAACACCAAUGGACGACGCCGCCACCUAUCUCGAUUGCGCCACCAUUCCCAGAUUGCUACCUCCCGACAUACGACACCAAGGAUGCCACACGCGACCAAGCGUUCGGCCCGAAUGAACCAACCACAAUCACGCCGAAACCAUCGUCAUCUCCAAGCGCAAACCCGACCACAGCGUGCAUCGUCCGUGGUCGUCGAGUUUCAGCUGACAAUACCGAGAGUAGCUUGUUACCGUACCGAUUGCCUUGCUUUAGCCUUGCUUCGACAAUCCACCUACGAGAGCGUGUUGACUCAGUCUGUGACGUUGGGGACCUGGACCAGUGGGAUUCGAGUGGCUGCAGCGGUAUCUAUCCUACCAUCCGUCAACCUAUUGACGCGGUCUACCGUCGUCGCAGAAUCGGUCGAGUUUGUGGCGGCUCGAACUGUGAGCUAUUCCGAUGGCAACGGUAGCUUUCCCAAUGCCGAUAUUAGUGUCGACGUUGACGAAAUUUUGAACGGCCUCACAUCCAGCUCAGAGGACAGGGCGAAGGAAUGGUCUACAAUGGUUCUUACGAUCACGACAGCCGUGUUUGCUGUGUUUGGAUAG